AUGAGCACCCUAUGGAACCACGAUGUGGAGAAGCGCGCGGCAGAGGGGCAACCAUCGCUCUUCGAAGACCACACAGGCAGCAUCCCCGCGUCGACCUGUGAAUACGGCAACUCGUGGUACGCCAGGGUUCAGCGAUUGGCCGGGAAGAUCAACGUUGAGCAACGCGGCAUCGAGCGCGUCCCCGAAGACGAGAGGAACGAUCGUUCGUACUGGAACAUUGGUUCAAUGUGGCUGGCGGCCAACAUGGUGGUCCCCUCGUUCACCAUUGGCGUCCUGGGGAAGCGAUUGUUCGGCAUGGGAUUCGUCGACGCGGCUCUCGUCAUUGUUUUUUUCAACGUGAUUGCCGUUCUGACCGUCUGCUUUUUCUCCAUUUUUGGAGCGGCCUGGGGGUUACGCCGAAUGGUCCUGUCCCGAUUCUGGUUCGGCUGGUGGGGCGUGAAGCUAAUCGCGCUAUUCAAUGUUCUUGCUUGUGUCGGCUGGGCAGCCGCCAACGUCAUUGGUGGAGCUCAAUUAAUCAAUGCGUUGAACCCAAAGGUGCCAGGUGUCGCUGGGAUUGUGAUCAUCGCAUUCUGCACGCUCCUCGCCGUGUUCUUCGGCUAUCGCGUUAUUCACGCGUACGAAUACUGGAGCUGGAUUCCAACUUUUAUUAUCUUUCUCGUCAUAUUGGGGGUCUUCGCCCAUUCCGGCGAUUUCAUCAACCUUCCAAUGGGAGCAGGGAACGCCGAAUUGGGCGCUGUGCUGUCGUACGGCUCUACGGUGUUCGGCUUCGGUACCGGCUAUACGAGCUUCGCGGCGGAUUAUACGGUCUAUCAACCCAGUAACCGCCCCCGACGCGCUGCUCUUAUCAAUGCAACGGCCCAUAAUGGCGGUGGCAACGCAUACCAAAAGGGGUAUGAUGAUGCUGGAGUAGGCGGACUUCUUGGUGCGCUUCUAUUCCCGCGGAUCGGGGGAUUCGGCCAGUUUUGUAUCGUUAUCCUUGCCCUGUCGAUCGUGGCGAACAAUUGCCCCAACAUCUACUCAGUCUCCCUCACGCUGAUGGUGAUGGGACAGUGGACCCGACAUGUCCCUCGCUUUAUCUGGACUGUGGUCGCAACUGGAGUAUAUGUUGCGAUCGCCAUCCCGGGAUACAGUCACUUUGAAGCAGUCCUGGAGAACUUUAUGCAUUUUAUUGGAUAUUGGCUUGCCAUCUAUGAAGGUAUUGCCGUGACCGAACAUAUUGUGUUUCGGAGGGGGUUUGCAGGAUAUCGACCUGAGGACUAUGAUAUGCGAGACAAGCUACCCCUGGGGAUCGCCGCAUUAGUUGCAUUCUGCUUUGGAGUUGCUGGAAUGGUAACUGGUAUGAGUCAGUCAUGGUAUGUCGGGCCUAUUGCUCGGUCAGCUGGUGGUGACGUUGGGUUUGAGUUGGGAUUCGCGUUCGCUGCAGUCUCAUUUGCUAUUCUGCGAACGAUUGAACUAAAGAUAUUCCAGAGAUAA